UCUGAGUAAAAAGUACUAUACACAGGUAUAGAAACUAAAAUACUGUGAUACUGUCUCAGGGUCCAGACACAUCUAAAUGCUGUUCUGGUAGAACAGCAUUUGAAAUAGUGUGUAAAGAAUGGCUGAUCCAGUAACAUUUUAGAAUUUGGGCUGCCACACAGUACAUGCUGUUAAAAUUUAGAAUGGGUUAAUGAUAUAAAGAUUUAAAAAUAAGAAAUGGAAGUAGGUUUAACAAAGGAUGUUUUUGGAAAUUGGUACCAGAUAUUGUAUAUUAGAAGACAUUGAAACCAAAUUAAAAGGUGGGAAAAUCUUAAGUUUUUGGCAGUACGGGGAUUGAACUCAAGACCUUUGUACUGAUCUACAUCCCCAUGAGCUAAAUCCCUGGCCCUAUGGUGGAAUUUGUAAUCCUCUUGUCACAGCCGUCCAGAGCUCAGGAAUUCCACACAUGUACCACCACAGUAGCUGGCGAAUGUUGUUUUCUGUUAUGUUUUAAUGUGUGAUACACAAACUCCUGGGGGUUUUAUAUGAGUAAUAAAAUAAUGAGAAAUGGCAUAAAAAUAUUUUUAAUGGCCACUAAGCCUCAUGGCAAGUGUCUGCAGACCAAGCUACCCAGGAGACUAAAACAGAAGAAUCACUUGACCCCAGGAGUUUAAGGUCAGUUUGAGGAACACAGUAAGAUUCCAUCUCAAAAACAAAAGAAUUUCACCUCUAAACAGAAAAAUAAGAAAAAAGCCUAGAAGAUAAUAUUUGAACUCUUCAGGCUGGGUGUGGUGGUACACACCUGUAAUCUUAGCACUCAGAGGCGGAAGCAGAAAGAUUGUGAAUUCAGAACCAGCCUGGGCUACAUAGGAAGACCUUGUCUGAAACAAAAAAGCUGAAGAACAAUAUAUACACUUGGCAUGAUCCAUAAUUUACAUACUUUAAAUGUUAGGCACAUUUGUUUGCAUUUGUAUAUAAGUACCAGUGAGUUGCAUUGUUCUAAGAAUGUUACAUUUAAUAUCCACAACCUGUCACUAAUUAUCAUUUUUACAAGUGAAGAAAUAGGCACAGAGAAGUUAUUUUCACCAUUUCAGCCCUGGCAUUCUGUUAAAUGACCAUUAAGUUUUGUGGAGAAAGAAAACUGGAAAAAUCAGUAUUAUUGGAAGUGCUUAUCCAAGGAAAGGAAAGGGAGUGGACAGAGGAAUUUGUAAGAUUUUCAGAGAUAUUUCUAUAUUGUUUGAAUCUCUUGUCAUCAUUCGCUUUUUUUUUCUGAGAUGGUCUCGUUAUGUAGUUAAUUCACUGAGUGGAGGCUGGCUUCAAAUUUGCAUUCAUCCUCCUGCCUCAGCCUCCCAAGUGCUUGAUUAUAGGCAUGCACCACCGUGCCCAGUUUAUUCAUUCACGAAUUUUCAGGAGCGGAGGAGGUUAAUGAAGGAUUCAUCUUUGCUUUACUAUGUCAAGAUAUUUUAAAGUAGUAAGACAAAAAGUGGAAAUGUUUUUCCAGAGGUUUUAUAGGUUCCUCCUCUGGGUGAAAGCUUAACUUUUUUGCUGCGUUAUCUCUUACGGCCUUUAUAUUUUUAAGUAUUUACUACAUUGGUGAGUCAUGUACUGAUUACAAAUCAUAGAUAACCCAGUUAAAUAUUGUAUUGAUAAUCACUUAGUAUUUUACAAUCUCAGCUGUAGCUAUAAAAUCAGGAUUCCUUCCAGCUAGCUCUUGAGAGCUCUUGGAAAAUGGAGUCAUCCUGGAAAGUGGUCCUGAUUAUUCUCCUGAGUUUGCCAUGCCAGGGCUCAGGCUGGGAAUCUGAUAGAAAUUUCCUUUCAGCAGCUGGCCCUCUAACCAGUGACUUACUGCACAACCUGAGCCACCUCCUGGGAAAGCAGAGUUCUUUUGUAGCUGGGAACAAGGACAUUUACACUUGCCUCCAGCCGCUGCCCUCUUUCCUGCCGGAGUACUUCCGCAGUCUCCACACCAGUAAGAUCACCCACUAUAAAGUGUUUCUGUCCUGGGCACAGCUGCUCCCCGCAGGAACCUCCAGCAGUCCAGACGGGAAGACCCUGCAGUGCUACCGGCAACUCCUUCAGGCCCUGAGGACCGCGCAGCUUGAGCCCCUGGUCAUCCUGCACCACCAGACUCCACCCCCAAGUGCUCUGCAGAGAAGCGAUGUCUUCGCAGAUCUCUUCGCUGACUAUGCCACGUUCGCCUUCCGCUCCUUUGGGGACCUCGUUGGGAUCUGGUUCACCUUUAGUGACUUAGACGGGGUGUUAAAGGACCUUUCCCAUGGGGACUCGAGAGCGCCAUGUCUCCAAACCCUCACUGAUGCCCACAGAAAAGUCUAUGAGAUUUAUCAUGCAGAAUACGCUGCUCAGGGUGGAAAACUCUCUGUGGUCCUCCCCGCUGAAGACCUCCCAGAGCUCCUGCUGGAACCAGCCACAUCUGCACUUACCAAGGAUUCAGUUGAUUUCCUGUCUCUUGAUUUGUCUUAUGAAUGCCAAAGUGAGGCAAGUCUACCAGAGAAGCUGAGUGAAUUUCAGGGCAUUGAGCUGAAAGUGCCAGUUUUCAUCUUCACUCUAACACUUCAGGAUUGUCCCUCUACCGAGAAGCAGGCUGCCAGGCUGCUGGUCAGCCUUGCUGAAGCCAGAAAUAAGGACCAAGCACUCGCCCUUGGGGUUGAUGUCAGUGCCUUCCUGAGCUGUUCAGGUUCCGAGGAAAGCAUGACUUGCUCUCUGACCGAUGACCUGACCCUUCAGAGUGACCAACUGCAGCAGGACCAUGACACUGUGGGCAGGGCGCUGUCCCUGGACUCGGCCUAUCAGAGGGUCUGGGAAGCCUUUGCUUCCCAGUCCAGGGCAGAAAGGGACGCCUUCCUGCAGGACACUUUCCCUGAAGGCUUUCUCUGGGGCGUCUCCACAGGGGCCUUUAGUGUGGAAGGGGGCUGGGCUGAGGCUAGCAGAGGGCCCAGCAUCUGGGACCAGUAUGGCCUGAAUGCCACCAGCGGCCGAGCUACCCCAGAAGAGGCCAGCGACAGUUACCACAAAGCAGCCUCUGAUGUUGCCCUGCUUCGUGGGCUCCGGGCCCAGGUGUACAAAUUCUCCAUCUCCUGGUCCCGGAUCUUCCCCAUGGGGCACAGGAGCAGCCCCAGCCUUCAAGGUGUCGAGUAUUACAACAAGCUGAUUGACGCCCUGCUGGACUCACACAUCGAGCCCAUGGUGACGCUGUUCCACUGGGACCUGCCUCAGGCCCUGCAGGACCUAGGCGGAUGGCAGAAUGAGAGUGUGGUGGAUGCCUUUCUGGAUUAUGCAGCCUUUUGCUUCUCUUCUUUUGGGGACCGUGUGAAACUGUGGGUGACCUUCCACGAGCCGUGGGUGGUGAGCUACGCAGGCUACGGCACCGGCCAGCAUGCACCAGGCAUCUCUGACCCAGGAGUGGCCUCUUUUAAGGUGGCUCACUCGAUCCUCAAGGCCCACGCCAGAGCCUGGCACCUCUACAACAGUCGCCAUCGGCCCCGGCAGCAGGGCCGCGUGGGCCUGGUGCUCAACUCGGACUGGGCGGAGCCUCUGUCCCCACUGCAGCCCGCGGACCUGGCCGCCUCCGAGCGCUUCCUGCACUUCAUGCUGGGCUGGUUCGCGCACCCCAUCUUUGUGGACGGAGACUACCCCCCUGCCAUGAAGGCCCGGAUCCGGCAGCUGAACGGCCGCUGCCCGGGCUCCGUGGCGCAGCUCCCGGAGUUCACCGAGGCCGAGAAGCGGCUCCUGCAGGGCUCCGCAGACUUCCUGGGUCUGUCCCACUACACCUCCCGCCUGGUGGGGAAGAGCCCGCAGGACUCCUGCGCCGCCAGCUAUGAGAACAUAGGCGGCUUCUCCCAGCACGUGGACCCGGCCUGGCCCCGGACCGCGUCUCCUUGGAUCCGCGUGGCGCCCUGGGGUAUCCGAAGGCUGCUGCGGUUUGCAUCCGUAGAGUACACCAGGGGGAAAGUCCCCAUCUACCUGGCUGGGAGUGGGGUGCCCACAGCGGAAGGAGACAGUCUCUUUGAUGACACCGCCAGAGUGAGCUACUUCAACAGGACCAUCAACGAGGUGCUGAAAGCUAUCAAGGAGGACUCCGUGGAUGUUCGUUCUUACAUUGCUCGGUCUCUCAUUGAUGGCUUCGAAGGCCCCUCUGGUUACAGCCAGAGAUUUGGGCUUCAUCAUGUCAACUUCAAUGACAGCAGCAAGCCAAGGACUCCCAGGAAAUCUGCUUACUUUUUUACCAGCAUCAUUGAAAAGAAUGGUUUCCUCCCUAAGGGAGAAAAAAGAUCUCCACCAUCUAAGAUGGCAAACUUCCCCUCCAAAAUCCGAAACUUGGAUUUUCCAUCUGAGGUGCCCUCCAAGGCUAAAAUAGUUUGGGAGAAGUUCUCCAACCAACCCAGGUUUGAGAGGGACCUGUUCUACCAUGGCACCUUCCGGAACGACUUCCUGUGGGGCGCGUCCUCGUCAGCCUAUCAAGUCGAAGGGGCUUGGGACGCAGAUGGCAAAGGCCCCAGCAUUUGGGAUAGCUUUACACACACACCCGGGAACGAAGUGAAAGACAACGCCACCGGAGACAUAGCCUGUGACAGCUACCACCACCUGGCAGCGGAUCUGAAUAUGCUGCGCGCUUUGAAGGUGAAGGCCUAUCACUUCUCCAUAUCCUGGCCUCGGAUCUUCCCCGACGGGACCAGCAGUUCCAUCAACAGAGCCGGUGUUGAAUAUUACAACAGUCUGAUUGACGGCUUGGUGGCCAGCAGCAUCUCUCCCAUGGUGACACUGUUUCACUGGGACCUGCCCCAGGCUCUCCAGGAUAUUGGAGGCUGGGAAAAUCCUUCCGUGACCGAGCUGUUUGACAGCUAUGCAGACUUCUGCUUCCAGACCUUUGGUGACAGGGUCAAGUUCUGGAUGACUUUUAACGAGCCGGCACGCCAGGCGUGGCUUGGCUACGGCUCGGGGACCUUCCCCCCCAGCGUGAGGGACGAAGGCUGGGGCCCGUACAAGAUCGCUCACGCCAUCAUCAAAGCCCACGCCAGGGUCUACCACACCUACGACGAGAAGUACCGGCGGCAGCAGCAGGGCGUCGUCUCGCUGAACCUCCACACACCCUGGGCCGAGCCCCGGGAUCCAGGGCUCCCCAGAGACGUGCAAGCGGCUGACCGACUGCUGCAGUUCACCCUGGGCUGGUUCGCCCACCCCAUCUUCCGGAACGGAGACUACCCCGAUGCCCUGAAGUGGACGGUGGGCAACAGGAGCGAGCUGCAGCGCCUGGCCACCUCCCGCCUGCCGAGUUUCACCGAGGCGGAGAAGCGGUUCAUCCGCGGCACGGCCGAUGUCUUCUGCCUCGGCAGCCACUCGGCCAGGCUCGUGCGGCACGCGACGCCGGCGCUGACGCCGCCCGCCUACCAGAGUGACCCGGAGCUGACCGCGGAGGAGGACCCCGCGUGGGUGGCCACGGCACUGCACAGAGCCGCGCCCUGGGGCAUGCGGAGACUGCUGACCUGGGUCAAGGAGGAGUACGGCGACGUCCCCAUCUACAUCACCGCGAACGGCGUGGGGCUGACCAGCGCGGAGGUGGAAGACACGGACAGGAUAUUUUACCACAAAACCUACAUCAAUGAAGCUUUGAAAGCCUACAGGCUCGAUGGUGUAGAUGUUCGAGGAUAUUCCGCUUGGUCUCUGAUGGACAGCUUUGAGUGGCUGCUUGGUUACACAGUCAAGUUUGGUCUGUACCAUGUGGACUUUGAGGAUGUGAACAGGCCUCGCACAGCAAGAGCCUCGGCCAGCUACUAUACAGAGGUCAUUACCAACAAUGGCAUGCCGCUGCCCAAGGAGGAUGAGUUCCUGUACGGAGAGUUCCCCAAGGGCUUCUCCUGGAGUGCAGCUACUGCGGCCUAUCAGAUCGAGGGUGCGUGGAGAGCAGAUGGCAAAGGACUUAGUAUCUGGGACACAUAUUCUCACACACCACUGAGGAUUGAAAACGAUGACAUUGGAGAUGUGGCCUGUGACAGUUAUCACAAGAUUGCAGAGGACGUGGCUGCCCUACGGAACCUAGGUGUCUCCCAUUACCGAUUUUCCAUCUCCUGGACUCGCAUCCUCCCUGAUGGAACCACCAAGUACAUCAACGAACCAGGCCUGAACUUCUACGUGCGGUUCAUUGAUGCGCUGCUGGCUGCCAACAUCAAGCCCCAGGUGACCCUGUACCACUGGGACCUACCUCAGGCGCUGCAGGACAUUGGAGGCUGGGAGAACGAGACCAUUGUGCAGCGGUUUAAGGAGUACGCAGAUGUGCUCUUCCGCAGGCUGGGGGACAAAGUGAAGUUCUGGAUCACACUGAACGAGCCCUUUGUCAUUGCUUACCAGGGCUACAGCACCGGGGUAGCAGCUCCAGGAAUCUCCAAUAGGCCUGGCACUGCUCCGUACAUUGCUGGGCACAACCUGCUAAAGGCUCACGCUGAGGCCUGGCAUCUGUACAACGAUGUGUACCGCGCCAGUCAAGGUGGCACCAUUUCCAUAUCCAUCAACAGUGACUGGGCUGAGCCCCGGAACCCCUCCAACCAGAAGGAUGUGGAGGCAGCUAGGAGAUAUGUUGAGUUCAUGGGAGGCUGGUUUGCACACCCCAUUUUCAAGAAUGGCGAUUACUCUGAUGUGAUGAAGACACGGAUCCGUGACAGGAGCUUGGCUGAGGGCCUCAACAAGUCUCGGCUCCCAGAGUUUACAGAGAGUGAGAAGAGAAGGAUCAAUGGCACCUACGACUAUUUUGGGAUUAAUCACUACACAACUGUCCUGGCCUACAACCUCGAUUAUCCCUCUUCUGUCUCUUCCUUUGAUGCGGACAGGGGAGUUGCAGUCAUUACAGAUCGCUCUUGGCCAGCCUCUGGCUCCUCCUGGCUGAAGAUAACACCUUUUGGUUUCAGGAGAAUCCUGAAUUGGUUGAAGGAGGAGUACAACAACCCUCCAAUUUAUGUAACAGAGAAUGGAGUGUCCAAGCGUGGAGAGGUAGAUCUCAAUGACACUGAGAGGAUUUAUUAUCUCCGGAGUUACAUCAAUGAGGCUCUGAAAGCUGUGCAGGAUGAUAAUGUGGACCUCCGUGGAUACACGCUUUGGACUCUGAUGGACAACUUCGAGUGGGCCACAGGCUUCUCAGAGAGGUUUGGCUUGUACUAUGUGAACCACACAGACCCUUCUCUGCCAAGAAUCCCUAGAGCAUCAGCUAAGUUCUAUGCUUCCAUAAUCCGGUGCAAUGGCUUCCCUGACCCGGCAGAGGGGCCUCACCCUUGUCUCCAGCAGCCAGAAGAUGCUGGUUCCACCAUCAGCCCUGAGAGAGAGGACGUGCCAUUCCUGGGGUUGAUGCUCGGCACCACAGAAGCACAAACAGCUCUGUACACACUCUUUUCUCUCAUGCUUCUUGGAGUCUGUGGCUUGGCAUUUCUAACAUACAAAUACUGCAAGCUCUCCAAGCAAGGAAAAACACAACCAAGUCAACAGGAACUGAGUCCUGUUUCUUCAUUCUGACAUGUCUCCAGCUCUUCAAAUUCUGUAAUGCAAACUUACUUAUGGUUUGGUAUUCUGCCCACACUGGACUGCUUCACUGAGGCUUCUCACUGUUAAAGAGAUGAUUUCAAUCCAGAAUUUGAGAUCUCGAUUAAAAUGGAAAUAAUCUGCAUCUUGUUAUACUACUAGUUCAUUUGGAGAUUAGGGGAAACUGCAGGUGACUUAUGGUUAUGUAUAGUUACUGAACAUGUCUGUUUUAAGUUUCAAAGUUUUUAAAGAUGGAAGUAUGAAUUAUAAAUGUUAAGAAAUCAACUCCACUAUGUUGCUGGACUGCAAUGCUAUCUCCUGCCUGUCUUCACACUCUGCUAUCCUCAUACUUUUGUGUUACUCAGAAAAUAAAGUACUAUGCAUGGUGUCCUAUUUCCUUGACAAAGUAGGUUCAACAAGUUAUGAAAUCAUACAAAUUAUUUGGGCUCCUACUGAACUUUCUGAACUAGACCAAGGUUUUUUGCUUAUUUUCCCUGAAGCAGACACUGAAACAGGUGAAGACAGGUCUCUGAAUGACCCUCCUCAUUUCUAACCACUGCCCAUUUGAUGUUGACUUUGGUUCUCUUGCCUAUCAGAUAGCUAAGCCCCUGAGCAAGGGACCUUUGUUCAUUUAGCCUAUUUCCUUUCUUCAUCAAUUUGUCACAGCUCUGAACUGCACAUAGGUUUGUUUCUGUUUUUGGUACUGGGAAUUGAACUCACAACCUCACUCUUGCCAGGCAGGCACUGUGCUGCUGGGCUGUAUUCCCAGCCUGCAUGUAUAGGCUUUUUUUUUUUUUUUUUUUUUUUUUUUUUUUUUUUUUUGCCUUUUUUCGUUUUUAUCAGUACCAGGGAUCGAACUCAUGACUGUCUGCUUACAAGGCAGGCGCUCAUGCCGCUGAGCUAAAUCCCCAGCCCUUGGUUUUUUUUUUUUUUUGUCUGCAUGUAGGUUCUUGACUAACUCGUGUGUCAGGCUAUCUCUGCAAAUAGUAUUCCUUCUGCCUAGGAGGUAUUGUCUUCUGAAAAUGCCUUCAAGUCUUUACUCAAAUAAUGGACUUCUUCCUCUGAAUGGCUCCUCACCCAGGCAGACAUUCCUUUCCCUACUUUGCUUAUAAAUGUCCCUCAGUAAAGCCUGAUUGCAUUACACUGAAAUUAUGUAUUUCUCUGGUGCCAUUUUUUGUUGUUGCUUUUUUUUUUUUUUUUAAUAGUACAAGGAAUGAUCUGAGAGCCUCUACACUGGGGUCCUGAAAUCUCAAGUGUGAAUGAGAUUUAAGAUACUUAGGUAGCUUACAAAACAAAAUUACAAAAUGUUGUUUUGAAAAUAAAAGUAGAAAAAAGCGCAGAUACUCAAAAUGUGUAACAGAUAUUGGGAAAUGGGAAGAAAAUGUUCACAUGAGAAGGAGAACAA